UGAUACAAAUGGCGUAAAGCAAGACGAUAAGAAUAUCCAAGAAAUUAUAGAUACGGCAAUUUCCGCUGGUUCUUUAUCUGCAAUUGUAAUAAUUGCGAAUGGAACCGAAGCUAGAGUAACCCCAUCAAUUAAGAAUACUUUGGUUGGGUUAGCAAAUAACAUUCCUGAUGACCUUAUUGACCGCAAUUUAUUGCUUGUUUUAACAAAAUGCGCAAAAAGCAGUGCUUGCUUUUCAGAGGAUUCUUUUGCAAGAGAAAUUGCAAAGCCAAAGAGAAUAUUCUAUAUGGACAACCAAGCCUUCUGUACCAACCCUCAAAUUUGGAAGAAUGACGAAGAUGAAAGUCACACUGUUCAAUUUCAUUGGAAUAAGUCUAUUAAAACAAUUGAUAAUUUACUAAUGGAAAUUACCGAAAUGUCUUCUACCUCAACUCAAGCUUUUGAAAAGAUGAAAACAUAUAGAGAUAAAAUUAAAUCCGAAAUUGUCAAAGUGACACAAGAUAUUGCAAAUAUUCAACAAAUCCAGGAUUCUCUAGAUGCUGCUCAGAAGGCCCUGCAAAAAACUGGAGACAAAAAAAAUUCUUUCUCUAACUAUACGAAAACAGAAACUAAAACACUUAAAAAAAUUGUUAAUGCUAGCUAUCAUAGUACUGUCUGUACCCUUCACCUAAAGGAUAACAUUAUUUGUCAUGAUAAUUGUGGACUUGAGUUUAAAAACAAUUCUGGAACUAACCACUUUAAAUAUUGCGCUUGUAUGAAUUCGAACAAAAUAUGUUCGAAAUGUGGAUGUGGACCCCUAAGUCAUUUUCACGACAAUGUUAAAUUAGUUGAAGAAACAAAAACCAUCAAUAGUAUUCUUGAAGAUAUUAAAGCACAAUACGACAACGCAAGUCAACAAUAUAAAAAAUAUAGCAAUGAUGCAGAUAAUUACCAAUCAUCCCUUGCAACUCUUCAAGCCGCUGCAAAUGCUAAAUAUGAAUUCAUUCAUAAACUUUGCCACGAUUUAAGCAAGAUUUGUUCUAGAUUUAACUUUGUUGAUGAACUUCACGCAAAUAUUGAGAGCAUGAAACAAGAUGCUAGAACAUUGCAGAAUACCAAUCUACGAAAAAAUGCUGAAGCGGAGAUCCAAAGACUUGAGAAGCUUGCGAAUGAUUUGUCUUCUAAACGAAGAGCAUGA